CAAGCAGCGGGAAUGUUUCCUGUUUGCCACAAAACAGGUUUGUGCUGGGGCUGAGGAGCUUUAAGCAAAGGUUACGCUUCAACCCACCUGUAGAGAUCCUCCAUUUUCACUUGUUUCAGUGUGAAAAAUAAAAGAACACAUGAAUACUUCUACCGAGAAGAGUUUGCCGUAUUAAGGAGGCCAAAGACACUUUUAAUUAGUAAAAUAAAAUUUAAAAAUGGACCCUUUUAAAGGGCCUUGUCCCCAUCAUAGCAUUCCUGUUGAAAUGGGUGAGACUCUGGACUUGGAACGGCUCCCCCCAUGUGAACAGUGUAACGCACACACAGAGACCGUCAAAAGGCUAGAGGCCCGUGAAUUUGAGCCUCCACAGCGGGCAGCACAACAAGUGGGCUUGAGUAAAUUCCCUGAGAACCAGUAUAAGCACCAGUUUCGCAUUAACUCCCCAGCAGCACCACUCUCAGGACAUGUGAAUGCCCCAUUCAUGGAAGAUUUUUGGCAUGUUAGCCUAAGACAGAAAGUGCAGUAUAAGCAAGACCCCAUAGGCCCUUCAAGCCAGCACUGGAGCCACUCUGUGGACGAUGCAGAGUACUUGGAGCCCCCCCAACCGCUCAAAUCGGACUUCAACAGCAUCAACUAUGUUAAAAUGCCAAUUCCACAUAUGCCACGCCACAUGCCAAUGCAGGGAAGCUGUCUGAAACAGCGCGCGUGCUGCCCGCCAGCAAACCCGCGCGGACGCGAUAAUUAUCGUCAUCAAGACCCGGGUUACCCAGCAGCCCGACACCAGGAGCCUCAACCCCACCAGAAAAUGAAUCUCUCUCAAAAUGGGCAGCAACUUAAAGGUGCUCUUAAUGGUCACAGUGGUUCUGCGGCUCCCUAUGCACCUCCUCUAGACGUGAUGCAUGAGGUCAGCGUGGGUUGCUCCGACCUUGCAGGCGCAGGAUCAGACACGAAGGAGAUCAGGAGGACCAUCAGUCUUCCCGAGGAGUGCAGAAGAGUUUUUAUCACAUAUUCAGUGGACAUAGCCAAGGAAAUGUUCAUUUUUGUUAAAUUUCUCGUGGACCAAGGCUUUAGACCCUCACUCGACAUGUUUGACAGUUCAAUCCGAAACAUGGGUAUCAACCAAUGGACGGACCGUUUUCUGAAUGAUAAAUCAGUGCUGAUCAUUGUGGCCAUCAGCCCCAAGUACAAAGCGGAUGUGGAAGGAGAUGGAGUCGAUGAGCAUGGCCUGCACACCAAGUACAUCCACAACCAGAUUCAAAAUGAGUACAUCCAGCAAGGCUGCCUGAACUUCAGACUGGUUCCUGUGAUGUUUCCCAAUGCAGCCAAGACUCAUGUACCCAGCUGGCUUCAGAGUACCAGAAUCUACCGUUGGCCCCAGGACACCCAGGAUUUGCUUCUGCGUCUCUUGAGGGAGGAGCGCUACAUCAUCCCACACCGGAGUGCUGACCUCACCCUCACGUUCCGUCCUGUCUGAGAGCAGUAAAAAGAGGACUGGGACAAAAUAUGUGGCAUAGUUAAAAUUGUUUACUUUACCCCAGAUGUACUGAUCUUUUACAGUGUUCAGUUAUAAACAAUCAAUGAAGUGGCACGUUUAACUUUUACAAGUAGAUUAAACGUACUUGUUUAUUUCCGACAAAUCUGCUUUCACACUGGCCAAUCAGAGCUUUUGCUGCUAGUUUGUGGGUUUCAUUUUGGUUUCUUAUUCUUUCCUUAAUAUACACUUCAAAUGAAUUUAACCAAUAUUCGUCUACAAGAAGGCAGAAAGGCUUUUUUCUGGCUUAUUAUAUUAGAAACAUUAGUACAUAUCUGAAGUUGUGAUUUUGUGCAUGUGAAAGAUCUGGCUUAGUCUUCACCAACACUUACAAAUAUCUGGAUAUUCAGCCACAUAAUUAUUUAUCUAAUCUUUUUUUUUUUUUUUUCCCUAACAGUGUACAGUUAAGUGCUGGGCAGGUACAGUGCUUUAAGAGUAAUCUCAAAACUGAGAAGCAUUAGUAUAUUUUGAGAAGUGUGUUUAUUUUAAAUAUCUUUUCAGCUCACAAGAUAGAUAUAGAUAGAUAGAUAGAUAGAUAGAUAGAUAGAUAUAAUUUUAACAUUACAAAGUGCUUCACAGACAGAAAAUCAACCAAAAAAGGAGUGCUAAGCAGGUAAAAAAAUAUUCUGGAUGUAAAAUUGCAAAGCAUUUAGAGAAUUCAUGAUCUAGAGUAAAUAAGUAUCACUAACAUAUUUCUGUACAUAAUAGAAAAAGCUGAAAAUUGAUAUUGAGUGGCUAUGAUUUUCAAGAUGUGAUUCAGCGGUAGACUGCAUGGGCUAAGGAUUUGUUCUGAAAGAGUCUGUGGAUGUGAUAUCUGACUGCAUUUACAAAUGCAUGUUCAAAAACCAUGCAAACGCACAGACCACCACUAUGAUCCAGGAAUACUUCUACCCUCUGGAGUAAAGAUGAGAGUGAACAUCCUGCUUGUUAUCAGCAUGCAGUUCAAAUGCCAGCACGUAUGAUGGUAUGGAGGACAUUGGUCCGCAUAGCACCAAUGCCUGAACUGUUGAGCAGUUGAAAUCCUUCAUUAAGCAAAGAUUGUAAAAUAUUUUGCUUUCACAGCAACAUGUACUCCUGGGUCUCCCCCAGUAAACACAGUGUGUUGUUUUUAGAAAUGUACAGUAAAAAACUUCUGUUUCAAUAUUU